AUGGCUGCUGCGCGACAGAUCGUCGUGCGUUUCACCAGCACCAGCACGGCACCGGCGGCUGCUGCGCGCCUCGCGUCGCUCCGCCAGCGCGUCCUCACGGUUUGCCGCAGUGUCUACAAUUUUCAGAAGCCGCGGCGCCGCGCGCGCGCGCGGCCCUGCCAGGCGGCCUCCGCGGCGCUGCGGCAGCGCAGCGGCCGGGAACGCGGCUCAACGCGCCCGGCGCCGCCGUUCGCUCCGACCGCACGCCAACAGCCGCCGGUUGCAAUUCACAAAUCGCAGAACCGCGCGCGCUCGCCCUGGAAGCGAUGGCCCUCCGCCAUCACGCCAUCACGCGCCGCCGCGCCGCAGGUCCCUGCCUCGAUAAAUGGCGCCGACGCCCUCGCCCGCCACGUCGCCGCGUCGUACCGCCUCAAGGACGCCGCCGUGCGCCUGAACUGGAAGGGCCGGCCUUUGGCCAGAGACGCCGCCGUCCGCACGUGCCUCGCGUCCGCGGAGCCGCCGGUUCUCGAAGCCCGAUUGGCCCAGCCGCGGCCGACGCCGGCGCCCCACGGGCCCCAUUCGCGAGCCGCGACGGCCGCCACCCAAUCGGGCAAGCGGCGGCGCCCCGUCGACGACGACCAGCUCAGGCCGACGUCGCGGCGGCGGCGCGCGACCGACGACUCGCUCGACUCGUGUUCGUUGAGCGACGGCUACCCCAUGUCCGACUACGAGGACGCCGACGAGCCGCUCUACGCGAAACCGCUCCUGGCGGCGCACAAGGCGCCGCUGGUCCCGAGCUGGGCGCGCGAGCUGUCCGACGACGUGCUGCGAGAGCAGUCGACGAUCGACCCCCUCGCGGUUUUUGUAGAUCCAUCUGAAAAACCGGUGGACCUGCGAGCCAUCCUGGGAAGGUCUCCGGUGGCGCCGCGGCGCAAGGUCCGCGCUAGGCAGGAGGCCCUGGACGCGACGUCGCCGUCGCAGUGGCCGUCGGCGCGCGGCGGCGGCGCGCCGGUCGACAUUUGCCUCGUGGUCUUGGCCGGAGACACGCUACGGUCGCCGUUGGACGCGGGCGGCGUCGUGCGCCGCGGCGCGGAGUACGCGACGAUCAUGCGCGACGUGGACACCUUCGGCAACCUCAGAAGGCACUACGCGAAGCACCACGGCCUCCGCGAGAGCGAGCUGGCCCUCUGGUCGCGGCAGCCCGGGAAACAGGACGUGAGGCUGUCGCUCGACGCCUGCGCGCGGCACUACCACCUGAGCGGCACGGCUACUGUGGUGGUCACGAUCGCCGACGGGUCCGAUCAACGCCGGUCGCGCCUCGUGCCGCGGCGCCUGUCGGCGUCGCUCUCCGACUGA